CCCUUGCGUUCGGUGGUCGGGGAUAGGUGUCGAGAGCGCGCACGCCGUGCGUUCCGGGUUCGUGCCUGCAGACCUCGGACUCAGCUUGGGAAAGCCGAAGAGUCUGAGCCGCCAUGUUCCUCUCGUCGUCACUCCGGGUGGGGGCCGCCGGUCUCGUCGCCCACUGGGGGAGACAGAUAAGAUGCUUACACAAAACAGCUGUGCAAAAUGGAGCUGGAGGAGCCUUAUUUGUGCACAGAGAUACGCCUGAAAAUAACCCAGAUACUCCAUUUGAUUUCACACCAGAAAACUACAAGAGGAUAGAAGCAAUUGUAAAGAAUUACCCAGAGGGACAUAAAGCAGCAGCUGUGCUUCCAGUACUGGACUUAGCCCAAAGGCAGAAUGGAUGGUUGCCCAUCUCUGCCAUGAACAAGGUUGCUGAAGUUUUACAAGUACCUCCAAUGAGAGUAUAUGAAGUAGCAACUUUUUAUACAAUGUAUAAUCGAAAGCCAGUUGGAAAGUAUCAUAUUCAAGUCUGCACCACUACACCUUGUAUGCUUCGAGAUUCUGACAGCAUACUGGAGGCCAUUCAGAAAAAACUAGGUAUUAAGGUUGGAGAAACUACACCUGACAAGCUUUUCACACUAAUAGAAGUGGAAUGUUUAGGUGCCUGUGUAAAUGCACCUAUGGUUCAAAUAAAUGAUAAUUACUAUGAAGAUUUGACACCUAAGGAUAUUGAAGAGAUACUUGAUGAGCUGAAAGCUGGAAAUGUUCCAAAACCUGGACCAAGGAGUGGACGUUUCUCUUGUGAGCCAGCUGGUGGUCUUACAUCUUUGACUGAGCCACCCAAAGGACCUGGUUUUGGUGUACAAUCAGGCCUCUAAGUUAUUUGUAUGCAUUUGUUUUAAAACAAAAAAACCCUGUAAAAAUAUUUCUCAGUACAUUUAAAAUAAACUAAAACUAAUCUCACCCGUA